AUGCCUCGCGCAAUGCAAGGAGUGCUCGUGCAGUGCGAUCCGUCCAUCAAGGCCAUCAUCGUGAGGAUAGACGCGCAACAUGCACACAGCUUCAUUAUCGAAGACAUCGACGACGAGCAUGUUCUUGUGAACCAGAAGAAGCACGACGAGCUGAAGGCUUUACUGAAGGAUACACUCAAAGAUACGGUCAGAGAGCCCGAAGAAAGCUCAGAAGAAGACUAG